AUGCAGUUUGUCAGUCAAGGCGCUGAAGCGCUGUGUGGUUACAAAGACACCGCUUUGCUCGCAAGCGAGCCGGAUUGGGUUGACCUGAUUCACCCAGAGGAUCGACCGCGUGUCCAGGCGCUACGUCAGGACGCGAUAGAGGCGGGCGAGCGUUUUGAAUUGCAAUAUAGAAUCUCGAAUAAUGCAGGACAAACUCUGUGGGUAUUGGAGCAAGGCUUAGCUGGAUCUACUGAUGACGGUGAUGCGAUCGUUGAAGGAUUUAUAAGUGAUAUUACGCAGAGAAUAGCUUACGAGGAGCAACUGCGACUGCAGCAGGAAGAGAUGGCUCAUGCAGACAGGCUCAGUAUCCUUGGCGAAAUGAUGGCUGGUGUUGCUCAUGAAAUCAAUCAACCCUUAACUGCUGUCUCUACUUAUGCACAAUCGUGCCUUCGCUUUAUUGACCCUGAGAAUAAAAGACCGGAUCGGCUGCGCGAAGCGCUGACAAAAAUGAUCAGUGAAAUUCAGCGUGCAGGUUCAGUCGUGCAGAGGAUUCGCGACUUUGCGUCCGAACGGGUCAGCGAAAAUGAAAAUAUCGACUGCAAUGAACUGAUUGUGGAAGCCAAACAACUGGCUGACGCCCAGGCGCGAAUGCGUGGUAUUCGCCUCCAGCUGCAACCCGCGGCGGAGCCCGUUUGUGUCUGGGGUGAACGCGUUGCGCUGCUACAGGUGCUGCUUAGCUUGCUGCGUAAUGCUUUUGAGGCGAUAGAUGAGGCCAAUUCAGAAGCUCAAGUGAAACUUGUCGUCAACAGGGUUGAUGACGAGGCCGUCCAGAUUGCGGUGAUUGAUUGCGGCGCAGGCGUUGCGGAUCUUGAACUGGAUGAUCUGUUUCGCCCAUUUGCGACACAGAAACAGGAACGUCUUGGGCUGGGUUUGACAACCAGUCGCGCUAUAGCGACCUCUCACGGCGGGCGGCUUGCUUACAGUAACAACCAGAACCAGGGUGCAACUUUUUUCCUCAUGCUGCCGCUGAGCAGCGCACGAAUUACGGAGGUCGUAGUUGUUGUGGAUGAUGAUCCUGGUGUGCGAGAUUCGUUAAGUAUGCUGUUAGAAUCGGUCGGGUUAAACCAUCGUUUGUACUCCAACGCAAAAGACUUUCUUGAUGAGGUGAGUGACAUCCCGGGAGGGUGUUUAGUACUAGACAUUCGUAUGCCGGGAAUGAGCGGGUUGGAGUUGCAGAGUGAGUUGCGUGCGCGAAAUAUCCUUUUGCCCAUUAUCUUCAUAACCGGACAUGGUGACAUUGGCAUGGCGGUCAAAGCCAUGCGCCUUGGUGCGCUUGAUUUCAUCACCAAGCCCUAUCAUGAACAGCACCUGUUAGACCGUAUUCACGAAGCGCUGGCUUAUGAAAACAACAGCAGAAAACAGUUGAUUGAACACGAUGAGCUGGUCAAGCGAAUAAGUGCGCUGUCGGAAAGGGAAACGGAAGUAUUUGAGCGUGUUGCCGCGGGUCAGGCCAACAAGUUCAUUGCUUAUGAUCUGGGUAUCAGCGAGAGAACCGUGGAGGUGCAUAGAGCGCAGAUCAUGAAGAAGCUUGGUGCGCGCACAUUGGCGGAAGUGGUCCGCAUUCGCCUUGAGUCGCAGCGUCCUGUUUCCGAACCCGUUGUUUCUCAGUCACGUUCCGAAGCGUAUUAA